CGGCCAACCCUGGCCUAGACGCCCCGAUCUCUUUAGCGGAGGUCCGUGCAGAACUCAAUCGCCUCAAGACCAAUUCUGCGGCCGGCCCCGACCGCAUUUCUAACACGAUGCUUAGGAAUCUAGAUGACGCCUCUAUUCACGCCCUCACCGACUACCUUCAAGAGUGUUGGGCGAGCGGUACCAUCCCGCAGGAAUGGAAGUGCGCCAAGCUAGUCUUCAUCCCCAAGCCGGGAAAACCACCCACCUUGGCCAACCUCCGUCCCAUCUCUAUCACGUCCUGUGUUGGGAAGUUAAUGGAACACGUUAUCCAGUCCAGACUUCUUCGCUACCUCGAAGACAACCACCUCCUACAAGACACGAUGUUCUGUUUCCGUCCUCACUUAGCAGCCCCCGACAUAAUGCUUCUUCUCCAUCACCAGGUAGUCAUGCGUCGCACACUACACACGAAAGUCAUCGUCGGCCUCGAUGUUGCCAAGGCCUUCGACAAUAUCCUCCAUGAAGCGAUUCUUCAACAACUCCAGACUCUCGGCGUCGGACAUCGCACGUAUGCAUACGUCCGAGACUUCCUGACCGACCGCAAGAUACAACUCAGCGUCGGCACGGGACAUCCCUCCAUCAUCUCUCCUGGCAACCGCGGCACGCCGCAAGGCUCAGUGCUCUCGCCGCUGCUUUUCAACGUUGCACUGAUAGGCCUGCCCAAGCUUCUGGCUGACAUUCCCCACUUACACCACAGCGUUUAUGCUGACGAUCUUACUCUUUGGAUCACACACGGCAGUGACGGCGAGAUCGAAGAGACUCUCCAGACCGCCAUCGAUCGGGUCGGAGGCUAUCUGGAUACAGUUGGCCUCAGCUGCUCGGCGACUAAGUCAGAGUAUUUAAUCAUCCCGUCCCCAGGACGACGCCCACCAAAAAUACUUCCUGAGAUCAACCUCCAGGUGCAAGGAAACCCCAUCCCUCGUACAGAUCACAUCAGGAUUCUGGGCCUACACCUACAGGCAAACGGCAGCAACAAUAUAUCGCUCCAACGCAUCGAACAGUCGGUGCUACAGAUCGGACGUCUUCUCAAGCGAGUCUCCAACAAGCACCGAGGUAUGCGAGAGUGCAACCUCCUGCGCCUCGUCCAAGCCUUCAUCUGCUCCCGCAUCACCUACUCCGCACCUUACUUACGUCUCAUCCGCGCCGAAAGCGAACGGCUAGAGGCGUCACUUCGAAAAGCAUACAAGACGGCCCUGGGUCUUCCCAUGUCAACAGCUACUCACAAGCUUAUGGCUCUCGGCAUCUCCAACACCGUGAGCGAACUGAUCGAAGCUACCCUCACCGCCCAAUACGAGCGGUUGUCACUCACACACGCUGGCCGCGCGGUACUGCAGCAAGUUGGGAUCUCACCAACGAGGGCGGCCCCCAAUUAUAUUGACCUUACACAGGAAUAUCGUCAAAAUCUCCGAAUACCUCCCAUUCCCAAACGGAUGCAUCCGGAACACCACGCCGAGAGACGGGCCGAUCGUGCACGACAGUUCGAGAAACGCUUCAGUGGACGUCCAGAUGUCACGUAUACGGACGCCUCUUACCACCCCUCGAAACCAGCGAUGGUGGCGGCAGCCCUCGCCCCGCACCGUAGCUGGUACACAGCCUGCAGCAUUCGCAACGCAGAAACAGUCACCGCAGCAGAGGAGGUUGCCAUUGCGCUUGCGCUAGCUGAUCCUAUUACCAAAGUCGUCAUAAGUGAUUCUCAACAGGCGAUCCGCAACUACGAUGCCGGCCGUAUCUCUCGCCCGGCAUCACACAUUCUGCAUUCUACUCCCCCCUCCUCCACAUCCCGCUUACUCCUGUGGGCUCCAGCCCAUGAAUCGCUCAGGGGAAACGUCCAGGUGCAUACACUUGCUCGAGAUCUUAGCUGCCGAGCCGAGUGUAGGAUCCACCGCCCCGGUUCCCCUGACACCACUAUCUCGCGCCAUUCUCUACUCACCACUUACACGGACAUCCUCCAGUACUACCGACUCGGGAGAUGCAUAUAUCCUCCCGCACACCGUGAUCUAACAAGGCGCGAGGCCGUCCAAUGGCGCAAACUACAAACAGGUAGCUUCCCACACCCCCUCUUAUACAGUAAAAUCUUUCCGCAACAAAUAACGCCUCUUUGCAAACACUGCUCAGCUCAGGCCACUCUCAUACACAUGGCGUGGACUUGUACGCACGACAACACAGACAAAACAAACACCCCAGAGUCGUGGGAGUCCCUCCUGCGUAGCUCCGAGCCAGCAGACCAACGUCGGCUCAUCCAGCGUGCGGUGGAGGCCGCAGAAUCCCAAGGGAUCCCCGCCGACCUCCUCUAA